UAGGCACAUAGCGACAGUUGAAUCACAUCCAGAAUACUUGCAGGGGUGUGGUAGUUCUACUUAGUUCUAGCUUAUCUCUCGAGUCUCGUUGUCUUUGAGAGCUUGCGACCAUCCACCCUAUUAGUCCUAGGAUUACCAUCAUCUAGUUCUUGGAGCAGCAGACCUGUCGUGGGCACCGCUUCGUUCAAAAUGUUGUUUACGACCAUUCUGAGGAUAGUGGCCAUUGCCGUUUUCUCAUUGCUGGUCGCGAAGGUACUUCAUGUCCUCGCAACAUGGUGGAUGCACCGUCGCUACUUGAUGCAGCGCGUGCGAAUGCCGAGCAAGCCCCAUUGGCUGCGUGGACAUGCAUUAGCCGAAGACCAACUGCCCUCAUCCAGAGAAACCUUCAUUGAGUUUUCUCGCAAACUGCCUCGAAUGUUCUUGCAGCAAAUGGGACCGGCAUACAUGUUCGUUGCCCUCAGUCAUCCGGACACGAUCAGUGAAGUAAUGCGGACCAGUCCCGGAAAGAGUGAGUUCAUAGCCAGGUUUAUUCGAAUUUGGCUGGGAAACAAUCUAAUUUACAGUAAGGGAAAGCGCUGGGAGCGUGACCAUCGAAUGUUGUCCGGCGUUUUCACUCCUGAUAUGCGACGGGAGUACGUUGGCGCAUUCAAGGAUGCAGCGAGUACCUUGCUGGGGUUGUGGGAAGGGCAGGUCGGGAGGAGGCUGGACGUGUCGCGGCAUUUCCAACUGUUGACAUUCGAUAUCAUUCUACAGUGUGCAAUGGGUGCAGUGACAAACUGCCAAGCGGACGGUGACCCGAACUCGCCCACAAUUCGCUACAGUGCAGCACUGCAAGAGAUUACGGACAUUAUUAUGAACCGCUUCCGACAGCCGUGGUUCUACCCGGACAUCGUUUUCCUCAACUCGCCGACCGGCAGACGUUUCCAAAAACUCCUCUCAGAGACGCAUGCGUUCAGUGAGGAAUUGAUUCGUGAGCGACGUGCUCUCCUGCAGACCGAUGCCGCAGAUGACGACCAGGGCGGUCAUCGCCAUCGGGACAUGCUCGACAUCAUGCUGACGGCGAGAGACGAGGAUGGCAUCGGACUCUCCGACACGGACAUCCGAGAGCACGUCGAGACCUUUCUCUUCGCCGGCCAUGACACAACGUCCUCCACUUUCCAGUGGAUCGUGUGCUACCUGAGCCAGCACCAAGAUGUCCAGGAGCGGUGUCGGCGGGAGGUGCAGGAUGUCCUGGAGAGGUGCGGUGGUAUGGAGAACUUUGCCCAUGAGCACCUUGCUGAGCUGGAGUAUGUGACAUACACGAUACAGGAGACGCUUCGUGUUGCAUCGAUUGUUCCUUUCGUCCUUCGGGUGUUGGGUAAAGAAACCACAGUCGACGGAAACUCAUUCUUUGCCGAUACUGCAUUCCAACUAAGCAUCAUCGGUGUUCAUCACAACGAAGAGAUCUGGACUGAUCCGCACAAGUUCAACCCGGACCGAUUCUCGACGAACAAGGGUCGGCAAAGCCCAUACGCCUUCAUCCCGUUCAGCUGCGGUACCCGCGCAUGCAUCGGCAAGCACUUCGCCAUGGACGAGAUGAAGACCGUGUUGAGUAUGAUUCUCGCAAAGUUCCGUCUCCUGCCAGCUCCUGACCAGGACCAGCCAAAGUGGAUGAUGUCGAUGGUUGUAAAGCCUGAUCCAGCUGUGAUUAUGCUGGAGCAACUCUAAACACACAGUGUUAGUCAACACUGCAUGCCCAGAAGAACAGGUGAACAUGUUCCCACACCACGCAUUUUAUCAGUGACCAAUGCAGCUAUUGGCUGGAGAUUUGAUGCAAUAGAAUCGAGUAGAGUGUUGGCUCCAUUUUUCAUUUCACUUCUCUAGAACACUGAUGAAGGCUGAUGAGAGUCCGUUGUCCGGAAAGGAAGCAGGAGGGUGGUGAAACGUUUCUAGGCUAUUUUUUCAGCGAAUGCGGCCUGUACGCCUUUUCGUGAUUUUUGUCAAGUGUGUGUGUGUGUGUGUGUGUGUGUGUGUGUGUGUGUGUGUGUGUGUGUGUGUGUGUGUGUGUGUGUGUGUGUGUGUGUGUGUGUGUGUGUAGCUAUACAAUCAGGGCAAAUCCUCUCUUGAUAAACAUGCACUAAAACAUACACUAGCAAGUUUCAAUUACAUAAAGAUUUCCCCGGAGUGAAUUAAAAAGUUCCUUUUUUUAAAGAUACUAUUCUAUACAUCUUCACAACACUCUCCAAACGGUCUCUGGGCUACACCAAUCACUAAAAGAAAAAGAGAUAUUAAAAUUAUUUUUUAUUAUUCUAAUUUAUACUAACAUCAAGUCUCCCAGUCUCCAAUAUUUGGACCUAGUUUUGACCCGAUCUAGUUCCAGGAUCGGAAAGAGAAUGUUUCCAGUUAGACCAGUGCAGUUAUUUUGAUACCUUGAAUCGUUAGAUCCGCUAUACCAGGAUUUAUGACUUGCGGGCUGCUCCCUAAACGUCCGAGCGCCCCCCCCCCCCCCCCCCUACGCACACACCUAAAACAGAAUUGGUAAAGCUCAAAACUUUUUCUCCCUUUCUAUUCAGUGUCACACACUAGUUACCAUGACCAGCAAAGAUCUUCUACGUCUCUUUAAAAAAAUUCAAAA